GAUCUUUAACAAGCCCAAAACUAAAAGUGAUAGGAGACGAGCUGAUGCCGGACCUUCCCGUUAAGAACGAGUCAGUGACUCAGUAUUGAAUCGGUCUCUUGGUUCCCUCAUCCAUGACGUCAAUUUUGGGUGCUGCCCCUUUAUCUCGAACUUUCACACGGCCAAUCUUAAAUCGCAGCACCCUCUUCACCACUCAUUUGAAUUCGAAUCGAGUUUCGUCUACGAAGAUUGUUAAUUUUGCCGGAUUAGCGUUUGGGCGGUUUUUUUAUCGAAGUAAGAGAGGGUUUAGAGGGGGAAUUGUGGCCAUGGCUGGUUCGGGUUCGGUUCAGAAAUCAGAGGAGGAGUGGCGUGCAGUUCUAUCUCCUGAGCAGUUUCGUAUUUUGAGACAGAAAGGGACCGAGUAUCCGGGGACAGGUCAAUACGACAAGUUCUAUGAGGAAGGAGUGUACUCUUGUGCAGGGUGCGGUACUCCUCUUUACAAGUCCACCACCAAGUUUAACUCCGGUUGUGGUUGGCCGGCCUUCUACGAGGGUCUUCCUGGAGCCAUAAACAGUCAUGCUGAUCCAGACGGAAUGAGGGUGGAAAUCACAUGUGCAGCUUGCGGUGGGCAUCUCGGGCAUGUUUUCAAAGGCGAAGGUUUCCAAACCCCAACGGAUGAACGGCAUUGUGUCAAUAGCAUCUCUCUCAAGUUUGCACCAGGAAAUUGAUUCAUUCUGGUGUUUUUCCUACCAAAAAAUGUAAGGAACUAUAUAUACUCAUGUAUGGAAAUAAAUUGUUGAGGUUUUGGAAUAAUGGUUUGUAAUUAAAGUGAGUGAUUUUGGGAUGUAUGUGACAUUCAUGUCUUUAAAUGGUUUAUUUAAAUCAAGAAUUGCAGAA